AUGAAGGUGGAUGGAGUCAUUGCUACGAUUGAGAUUCCCGAAACUUUGGUCAAAGCAUGGUGGGAUCACCCAAAUUUCCAGCAGUUCAUUGAGGAGUUCACAACCAGGAACCCAACCAGCAAAACUUUGAAGCAGCAAAGCAAAGGCAAGGUCAGCAGCAGCAGCACUGGGGUGGGGAAGCCAGUUUCAAAACGACCACGGCCAGUGGACCUUUCCAGGUUCAUUGUUGAUUCUGAGCCUGGUGAUUGCAAGCUGGUGGAGGUUCCCCUUGUCAAUAUCCGUUUGGGUUCUGGUUGCACCGGGAUGCCAAUCCUAUCAGUCACUGAUGGAGGGCCUUGCAUCAGAAACGAAAGUGGCAAGCCAGUUACAAUUCCGGCUGGGUUGGUCCUAUGUGGAUGGGGAAAGGGAAAGUUCAGGGAGGCUAGUCGUGACAAGCCUUUGCGACCUGAAUGUGAAGUGACCUUCGAUGCCAAGCCUGACACUCUGGGGGUGCUCGAUGGGAAAUUUGGGACCUUUGCAGACUUCUUGAAUCAAGCGAAGGAGGCGAAACCCGACAACGUUCGUUUCUGCUACCAUACCAGUGCCCAAGAGCCCGAUGGAGAAUGGAAAAUUACCCAGGACCAUGCUGUGAUCUUUUCUGUGACCGACGAGGAUGAUGGGGUCAAGUGGAGUCAGGCCCAAGCGGCCAAAAAGUUGACACCUGUGGCUCAUUGGAGCACAGCUGCCACCAGUGUGGGAUGGCAGCUUCGUUGGUCCCUAAAUGGGAUGCAGCCGGUUCGUCCAGUGGUGCUUGUAACAGCCCCCAUAGAUCUUGAGACUGGCAAAAUUUUUGCAUUGCAAAAUGCUUGA